CUCCAAACAAUUUCGCAAAAUAAAGGCUCUACUUAACUAGAAUUACUAACAGAGAGAAGAAUCAAAUUUGCACGAAAACAUUGAAAAAAAAUAGACAAACUUUAAUUACUUUAAGCCCUACCACUUUGCUAAUAAGGAUAAAUUUUAUUAUUAUUUUGAGCCUUAUUAUUUGUUGGUUUCUCUUCUUAUUGUUUUAGAAAUAAAUGGUUUUAAAAUCAAGUCAAGUCAAUGCACUGUGAUAAUGACCGUACAAUAAAUCAUUCUUCCUCCGCAUAUUCUGAUAUUCGUUCAUACAUUCAUUCUUCUCCUCUAAUUAAUUUUCUUAUUACUUUCUAUUUUUAUAUAUUUUUAAUUAUCUAUUCCUACGAGUGAUGUAUAUAAUAUAAUAAUAAUUAGUUGUUUUGCAACACAACACAAGAAUGCCAGUAGUUGAAUCGAUCGGAGUAGCGGCGCUGGGAUGGGUGGCGUCUCCCCUCGUGGCGAAGCUGCUCAACGAAGGCUUCGACAGCCUGGGCAUCGACGCGGAGGAGAAGCUGCAGAAGCUGAGGGCCAGCGUCCUCCCGGUGCUGAAAUCGGUGAUCGAGAAAGCGGAGGGCAGCCCGCACCGGAGCGAGGUGGAGGGCUGGCUGCAGAGGCUGAAAGACGCUUACGACGGCGCGGAGGACGCGCUGGACCGCCUCAACUACGACCGCCUCAGACGCAAGGCUAAGGCAGCCGCAAGGAGCAGCAGUGGUAAGAGGCCAACAAAUCCGGUACGUUCUUCUUCCGUUUUUCGCAUACCAAAACCUGUGAAAUGGGUGAAAAAAGGCGGCCGGGACAUGCUGUCGCCUGAAAAGAUCAAGCUGAAGCGAAGGCUGAACAAGCUGGAAAAGAUCGCCGGCGAAGCCAAGGAACUCAGCACUUUGUUAGGCGCACAGCCUGAGACAGCAGAGAGCAGGCAGACCAUCUCAGUGCCUCCACCGGAAGUGUUCGGCCGCGACGAAAAAUGCGAUGAAAUCAUUUGGCGUUUGAAAAGGGAAGUUGCAGCAAUUCGCGAGCCUGGAUCAUCAUCGGGCGUGCCUAUAAUUGCCAUAGUCGGCCGCCCGGGGGUCGGGAAGACUACUCUCGCACAGUACGUUCGCGAGCAGCUGGGGAGCGAGUCAUCACAUUUUCAUCCCAUCAUGUGGGUCCACGCAUCUCGCAAUCUCAACGCAGCCGAAAUUAUGAAAGACAUCAUACAACAAGCUUCUCUCGCAGGCGAGCCUCAAGAAGAUCUCGGUGACCCUGAUGUCGCCGUGCUUCUUUCCAAUCUCGACGCUGUGGUCGCGGGCAACCUUAGCUCGCCUGAAGCGCUGCGGCUGAAAAUGAACAAAAAGCUGAACGCGAAGAAGUUCCUGCUCGUGAUAGAUGAUGUUUGGUGCCACACAGAAGACGACGAGAAGAACUGGGAUACACUAUUCAGAUGUUUAAGCAAAUGUUGUUGUUUGCCAGGGAGCAAGAUUUUAGUUACGUCUCAAUCGGACGAUGCGCCGAGAAAGAUUGCUGCUGCCUGUGGUGCUGCUGUAAAACCCAUUUUGCAGUUGGAGGAAUUAGAGGAGAACUACUUUUUGGAUCUUUUCAUUCACUACGCAUUGCCUAGCAGGGAAAUCAAUUCUCGCCUAAGAGAAGAGUUAGAAGAGAAAUGCAAGACAAUCGCUAAGAAGUUGAACAAGGACCCUACGGCGGCCAAGAUGGUUGGCGAGACGAUCGCUACAGAGCUGGCCGAUCUCCUUCGUUCACAAGGUGAUUGGCGUACGUAUUUGGAAACGAUUGCGCAGAAGGACUGGUCCGGUGCCACAACCAAAGCACUGAUGUGGAGUUAUCAGCAUUUGCCUGCACAUCUUCAACGUUGCUUCUCGUACUGCAGCCUGUAUCCUAGAGGCCACGAGUUCAAAGCUCGAGAACUGGUUCAGCUCUGGAUGGCGCAAGGUUUUAUCAAGCCGGAUGAUCAGAAUGAGACGAUGGAGGAUGCAGGCAACGGUUACCUUGAAAAGCUGGUGUCCAGAUUCUACAUUCAGUUUCAUAACAGAGACAGCCACUCCUUCGGGACAGGUAAGCGUGGCGGCUACUAUACUCUGCAUGAAUUGUUGUAUGAUCUAGCGGUAAAGGUUACUAGCAGUGAUUGUGUCCGAAUAGAAGGUAAUCGUCAAAGCGAGAUCCCGUCAACCAUUCGCCAUCUGUGCAUACCGGCCGACAGACUGAACGAGAAUAAGAAGAGCAUUUGCAAACUGAAGAAACUUCGCACCCUAAUCGUCACGAAAGGAGAAAGCGUUGUCUCAGACGAAAAUGUUGUGACCGACAUCUUCAAGAGGUUAAGAAAGUUGCGCGUGCUGCUGGUUUUGGGAUUAAAUUUAGAAAAACUGGCAAAGUUUAACAGUGAAAUGAAACACCUUCGCAUCCUACAACUUUCAGGAGGUACUAGCGAGUUCGUGUUGCCGGAGUUGGUGUCCACUCUGUAUCAGUUACAGGUGUUGGAAGUAGAAAACGCUAGCUCGCUUCCUGCACGCCUUCCUCCGAGACUUCAAAAAAUCACAAUAAUUCGUUCACCAUUUCUCACCUUCGUAACAAAUGAAGACCUGCAGUUGAGCCAAGAUGACAAGAGAUCCAUAAGAGAGGUCAUGAGGAACAGGACGCAGGAAUGGUUCCGACACCAAUAUAAAGAAGACUUAGUCCGCAACGAAAGAGAAAUGAGGAAUUUCAUUGCCACAAUGAAUGGCCGAGAGCAUAACAACAGUGUGCCUGCCGCCGAUGCGGAUAUUGCUGCUGUGUGGGGGAGAUGGUUGGAGACGUAUGAGCGAAAAACGGAAUUAAUUUACAGCAGGCAAAAUGAGGCCAAAUUGCAUUUGCCCUCUACCAUUACUAGGCUCUGGCUCGAGGGAUGCAACAUGACCGACCACGCAUUGUCGGUAUGCCUACAAAACCUCCCCUCCCUUACGCAGCUGUUGUUAGCAGAUCUCAAAAUGAUAACCCGUCUACCAUCUGCGGACGUCCUUGCCAACUUAAUAUCACUCCAAACUUUGCGUCUGAGCGACUGCUGGGCUCUUACCUCCCUGGGUGGUAUAGGAUCCCUCCCAUGUCUCAGAAAACUCUUUCUAAUUGGAUGCCCCUGCUUGGACAUUAAAACUGCUGUCUUGCCACCCUCGUUGCAGUCUAUUUUUUUUGAUUCUUGUGCAGACGCAGAUGUAAUCCUAGCCAAUGCAAAUUUGCCACAUCUAUCUCAUCUUACGAUUUCUCGAUUUCAUAAGCAAACGGCAUCAUUACAGUUUGGCAACCUCCGAUCUCUUCAAUCCUUGACUGUCGAGCAUUGUUCUGGUCUCUCAUCCUUGGUGGAUUUGCGGGAACUGCACUCUCUAAAAUUACUCAUUCUGGAGAGCUGCCCAAAGCUACAAUCAGUGGCGAAGGUGCCCAGGUCACUGAAGCGUAUAGUAAUAUACAAAUGUCCGCUUUUAGAGGGAUGAUCCUAAAACACCGACCCGAUUUCAGGAGUGCGUAUGCUUGGCGGCAUCCCUGUAGAUGACAACUACGGUCUACGGAACAUGCUCUGUAAUGUAGAAAAGAGAAAACUGAUGGGCAAUAGCUUCUAAAGAUGGAAUAAAAGGGAAGUUUGCUAAUGGGUAUGUGUAUUGUUAUCACGUGGAUUGUUAAUUGUUGUCAAAGAGUUGGUUUGGUCAUCCAAAAGAAAAAAAGCCAAAAAAAACACAAAGAAGCCAAAAAAAAAAAAAAAAACAUAAAAAAAAAAAGGUUUGUUAAUGGGUAUGUGAUUCUAAAUUGUGUGGAUUGUUAAUUGGUAGUGUCAAAGAAUUGGUUUGUCCAUCUAAAAGAAAAGCCCAAAAAGGAAAAAAAAAAAGAAAAAGAAAAAGAAAAAGAAAAAGAAAAAGAAAAAAGUUGUGCACGCUGUGCAUUGUGGUCAUAAAAUGUAGGUAUUAUGUUUUUGCUUUUCUUUGCUUAAAUGUAUUACGUUUUUGUACGGUGCAGAAGACUCUGUAGAUCUAGAAUUAUUGUCAUGUUAGUAGGCGAGUGUUUUAAUUUUGUUGGAAAAGACUUGGUUCAGUUAAAAAAAAAAGAAAAAAAGAAAAAAAGAAAAAAAGGACGUGCAUGGUGUGUAUUAUGUUUAAUAAGCGAGUGUAUACUAACGACCCUGUAAACUUGAAAUUUAUGUCAUGUUUGUAUGUGAAUUUGGGUGUUUUAAUUUUGCUCUAAGUAGUAUAUCUCGUCCCUGUGGUUAAUGUACAGAGAAUAUUAUGUACAGAGAAUGCACAUAUAUAUGUCGAGUGCGAACAAACAGAUUUACAUA